GCCACAGACAGAGGCUGAUGGGGCCCCCUUGUCCCCUGUUUCAGCAAAUUCCAUUGAGGCCUCUGCUGCCACUGUGUUUCUGCCUGCUGGAAGCUGCUGGGCCAUGCAGUCAUUGUGUGGGGAGGCUUAAGGGAUUUGGGGGAACCACGAGGCAGAGACACCAGCACCCUGGCUCGACUCAGUCUCCGCAGAGGGGCUUCGGCAGAAGGAGGGCUCAGGACAGACUCGGCCACUCAGAUCACCAUGUACAGCUUCAUGGGUGGCGGCCUCUUCUGUGCCUGGGUGGGGACCAUCCUGUUGGUGGUAGCCACAGCAACGGACCAUUGGAUGCAGUACCGGCUGUCGGGGUCUUUCGCACACCAGGGCCUGUGGCGUUACUGUCUUGGUAGCAAGUGCUUCCUGCAGACGGAGAGCAUUGCAUAUUGGAAUGCCACCCGGGCUUUCAUGAUCCUGUCUGCCCUGUGUGCCACCUCAGGCAUCGUCAUGGGUGUCCUAGCCUUCGCACAGCAGUCCACCUUCACCCGCCUCUCCAGACCCUUCUCCGCCGGCAUCAUGUUUUUUGCCUCCACUCUUUUUGUCCUGUUGGCCUUGGCCAUUUACACGGGAGUCACCGUCAGCUUCCUGGGCCGCCGCUUCGGGGACUGGCGCUUUUCAUGGUCUUACAUCCUGGGUUGGGUGGCCCUGCUCAUGACCUUCUUUGCAGGAAUUUUCUACAUGUGUGCCUACCGGAUGCAUGAGUGUCGGCGCCUCUCCACCCCACGCUGAGACCUUGCAGCUGGAAGUCUCAAUGAGGGCACUGAAGAGGAAGGGGAGGACCUAGGGGCCACAAGUCCUGUCUCCUGAGGGAAUGAGGGGGCUCAGUCCUGGAUUCUAAACAUGGGAGCCCCUGAUCCCUCUAUCCUGUGUGGGUCAGGUGGGAGGGAGUUGAGAAGACAUGAGCCCCCAUCUGCCACAAGGGGUGAUAGAAAAAUUGAAAAUCUUUUAGAGAGACAUUUUGGGAUCU